AUGUCAACGUCUCAACCACCCCUACAACAAGAACAUGCCAAUUGGAUUUUGAGAAACUUAUAUGAUUACUCCUCCACUCCAUACCCAGCAUGGGGAGCAGCUGGGUUAUAUUUAAGUAUGCCAAUCAUUUCACCAGCUAUAACUCAACCAAUAGCAGUUACAUCAUCUUUAAAAAACAAAUUAAUGGGCAAAGUGAUCACCCCAUCUUCAUUUAACACUGCUAGUGAGGGGUAUGUUUUGAAAAGUAUUGGUCCGUCAAUUAAAAAUUGCCUAUUAUUUGGUGGAUGCUUGGCAUUAGGUGGAUAUAUUGUAUAUGAUGGUGAUUUAGAAAGUGGCAGUGGGUUUAUUGGUGCUUGGAGCACUCUAUAUCUAAUUGUCAAUGGUAAAAAAUCAAUAAAUUGUUUAAAAUAUAGUAAAUUUAUUCCAAUCGUUGGCACCGUUUUUGCUUUAAAUAAUGCUUUAACUUAUGGUAGAAGAUUUAUAAUGGGUGAUACUAUAAUUCCUAAUAGACCAAUGCCAUUGUGA